UUUUUUUUUAAUAAAAAAAAAAGUGGAACUGUGUCUGUGAUUGUGUUGAGUUAAAAAAAAUAUAGUGCCGACAAAUUAAGAUACAACAACCUUAAAACGGAUGUAGACAAGAGUACCCUUCAGAGAUGACAAUGGGGCACAGACAAUACUUGGCGGUGGGCCAGUCGGCCAGCAACCGGCUAUUCGGCCUGCCCCGCCUGUCCAGAGACAAGCAGAUACCUCUCAACAUGCUGAUAUCACAACAAGGCAAAAUAAACCAUGGUCGCCUGGCUGUUAUUAUGUUCAGUAUUUUCACAGUGGUGAUAGGUAUCAUACUAUCUUUCGUGCCCUGGUUGGAUUAUAUUAUAUUUAGGGAACUGAAGCUGUGGAACGGAUCUUUAAGUUACAGCUACUGGCAGCGUCCCGGAGUGAUCAGACUGACAAAGGUGUACAUAUUUAACGUGACAAACCCUCAGGGUUUCCUUGAAAACGGCGAGAAGCCCAAACUGGUCGAAGUGGGACCUUUCGUGUACAGAGAAGACAUGGAGAAGGUGAACAUCAAAUUUCACGACAAUGACACCGUGACUUACCAGCACAACAAGAUACUGCGGUUUAUGCCAGAGAUGUCAGUCGACAAGAAUCUGAAGCUCAUUGUACCAAACAUACCCUUACUGACAGUAACAUCUUUCUCCUCCAAUUUGGCCGGCUUUGUGUUUAAUCUGCUGGUGUCAGGACUGGCCAUAUCUUAUAAGGAAAGAGCAAAACCGUUUGUACAAGUCACAGCUGAACAACUUGUGUUCGGGUACAACGAUCCUUUAGUGACCCUUGCUCACUAUUUUUACCCUAAGGGCAAAAGACCUAACAGUCAAAUGGGAUUAUUUCUUGCUAGAAACGGCACAUUGGACGAAGUGUCAACUAUUUACACUGGACAAAAGUCCAUGUCGAGAUUUGGGUAUUUGGACAAGAUUAACGGUCUCGACCACCUGCCACACUGGAAGGAUCGCCCCUGUAACGAUAUAACGGCUUCAGAAGGUUCCUUCUUCCCACCACGCGAGGUCACCAAGUCGGACAUCGUUAAUAUUUACGACAAGGACUUGUGUAGAAUCCUACCCAUGCAGUACAGGGGAGAUGUUUAUAAGGACUAUAUUAAAACUGGACUGUACACACCACCUAGCUCUGCCUUCGAAUGCGCUGACAUAAAUCAAGAUAAUAAGUGCUACUGUGAUGGAGAAAAGUGCCCUCCGCGAGGUCUGCAGAACAUCAGUCCAUGUCAAUACAACGCACCGGUCUACCUCUCGUACCCUCACUUCUUCGACGCUGAACCAUCUCUGCUGGACCACUUCGAAGGCUUGAAGCCAGAUAAGAAGAAACACGAGACGUAUUUCAUGAUUCAGCCUAAACUUGGAGUUCCACUGGAAGGUUUCGUUCGGGUGCAGAUCAAUUUGAAAGUGAACCGAGCACCGAACAUCAUGAUCAACAGCAUCAACAGAUUCCCCGACAUUGUGUUCCCAGUCAUGUGGGUCGAAGAGGGUAUUCACGAAGUGACUACAUCAAUUUGGAGAUGGAUAUUCUUAGCAACCACCAUAGGACCCAUAGCUGCUCCAAUGCUGUCCUAUUCUAUGAUAUUCUUCGGCCUAUUAGCAUUAUUUAUAGUUUUUGUCAAAGCCUACAAAAAGUUCGUCAUUGGACAAAAUUCGAUUGAAAUAGUAGAAUUGAGCAAGGAAACUAUUCGACGAGGUUCUACCAUGAUAAUUAAUAGUUCCCAGAAGCUGUUACCCUGUAGGGACGCAUCAUACCAUUUGCUGAACACCAUCCCAUCGACACCAAAUAUAGCGAGAGAAGAUAAAAAUGUAGAAUUAGAUUUUGUUCGUAGAGAAGUUAGCCAAAGUAUGGACGAAUUGAAGAGUGCUGUAAGAACUGAUUUUGUUAAAUCUAAUUUCAAUAAUACUGAGAGAGAGUCUUUAAUACGGGCAGACAACUCGUUUAUUUUGUCUGAACAUAAUCGGAGAUACAGCAUGUUCAGGUUACCAGAUGUCUAAAUUAGUUUAGUUUCUUAGUAGGGUCGUAUUCUGUUAAUAAGCCGUUUUUCACAUCAACGUCUAGUUUAACUAUCAAUUGCAUUCAACUUUAAAGCUAGUUAUAUUGAUAUUUAAUUUUCUCACAAA